CAACGAAUAUCAUUAUAAAAUACAGAUUCCGACAAAUCGGUUUUAGGUCAUGUAAUAAUUAUGUGUUGCACUUGUUUUGUAUUGCAACAGAAUUGAUAUUAGGUUUCUGUCCCAGCUUCUCUCUGUAUCACUGUAAGCUGUCAAAACGGUAGGGCACAACAACAACAAUGGUGCAAGCAAUUUCUGCUGCCCGUAAACCUGAAAUUAAUUUCAUUCGCGGAUGUUGAGGCAACAACAUUAAACAAGUGCGCGAUAACAGUUUUUCUUUCGGUAAUUGAAGCGGUUGCGGGUCGGCUAGAAUUCAGGCACAAGUGACAAGUGUUUAAGGGCGAAAAUGCGUACAGCUCACAAUGGUUUUAUGGUCGGUGCGGUGCACUAGCCUGUGCUGCAGUGUGUCGGUGAAUCGCGACAGGUGCCAGCGUAAAUUAGUGCUAAAUUAAUAAUGUUUGCAGCCAGUAGGGUAACGCGCGUAUUUGCAUCCAUCAAGGCCAGGGUGCAUCGUACCGGUGGCAUUAGCUAUGUAGUGAGCUUUGGUUCUUUUUCCUGAAACGUAGCAGUAUACAUGUGUGACGAAAUCGGUCCGAGUUUGGUGUGGCUUUCUCCGCUUACUAGUGCGACGGAACGGAAGUGAUUAAAAGUUAGUCAUACCACCCCGGCCGAACGAACCGCCUGCCAACGGGAUUGCAUGUGUAAUUGAAAAGAAAAGUGAUUUUUUGUAGCUCGCAGUACUGAAACAACUGACGGACAGGAAUUGUUCUGCAACAGCACCACCGGACCGUUUAAACAAAGGUCAAGGCAAACGUUUUGUCAGCAUAAUCAACGGUCCUGCAACAGGAGAAACGAGCCUAGCGAUGGAUUUCGUCAAUCUGCUUCUGUUCUGCCUAAUGUCGUGCGUGAUAGGAGCGGUGGUGAUGUUGCUAAUCCAGUACUAUGCCUUCGUACGAUACUUCCGCCUACCGGAACUGGACCUAGAGCAGGAGAACCAAAGGAAAUCGGCCUUCAGCGAACGAUACGUCCUGCCCGAUACGCUGCUGGAAAACAUAAAGGCACCGGAUCAGGAAAGCAAAUCUACAAUAAUGGCCAUCAAUCUGAUACUGCAGUUUCUUUACUUCGAGCUCCGGCAGUCUAAUCGCGUGCGAAAGUGGUUUCAUCGGAAGUUAUCGCUCGAGCUGGAUGAGCUGAUAAGCAAAACGACAACGGGUAAACUGUUCGACAAGCUGACGAUCCGGGAUCUCGAUUUGGGCAGUCAGUUUCCGGAGAUAAAAAACUUUCGUCUGCAUGCCGUCGAUCUGCAUCCGGACGAGGGUCACAUCGAAAGCCUGGAUGUGCUGUUGGAUCUGCACUACGAGGGUAACUUUCGGCUAACGAUCGACGCGGAUAUGGUGCUAGGGAAGAAGGGUUCGUUGGCGCUACGUGUGAAACAAGUGUCCGGAUUGGCACGGUUGCAAUUCACGCGCAAACCGUACACGCACUGGUCGCUUAGCUUCAUCAACGAUCCGAAGGUGGAGCUGGACGUGCAGUCCCAUUUCCAGGGUCGCCAGAUGCAGUCCAACAUUACCAGUCUGAUCUCGAACCAGAUAAGGAAAGCGAUCCGCCGGAAGCAUACACUUCCCAACUAUAAGCUAAGAUAUAAACCAUUUUUCCACCGUGUGGAAGAGGAUUACGAACUCAACGAAAUUGUACCGAACGGUACGCUGGAGGUGACGAUCGCUGAAAUAUCUCGCCUGAACGCUCCCAUCCGCACGCUCUCGCACGUGUACUGUACGCUAACGUUGGCGCACAUGCCCUGGGUUGUGGCACGGCAGCAGGAGGACCAAAGUGUGAUGAUCGUGUCGCUCGAUAUCGAAAUUCAUAAAGCUAAAAACCAACAAAUCGGUAUCGUAUUCAAGCAAACCGAACAGACGGUGUUGAUUGAUGCGGUCAUACCGAACACACCGGCUUCGAAAGCGGAACUACGCCGUGGAGACGUACUGCUCUCGAUACAGGGCAAACGGGUGACGAACAUUAGCCAGGUGCCGAAAGUGAUAAAAACACUUAAUCGGCCAAUGUUUGUGCUGCGCAUCGAGCGAUUGGUGCCCGGACAGAUUAAAAACGAUGGCCUGUUAGAGGAUUAUGAAGCCGACUUUGAGGAGAUAGAUCCCAACUUAAACAUCACUUUUGUGAAGAACGUAGAAGCGGUGCAGAUCGGUAGCAGUAGCACGAGCGGAACGGUUCUGCGCGAGCGAAAGCUUGUGCGACGAAACUCCAAAGACAACAGUGGCGGUGAAUCGAGUCACUCGAAUACACCCGGCACAACGCCAGUAAAGAAAGUAGCCAUUGCCGGACGUGAUUCCAUUAUUCCAGGCAUGGAAUCGACACCUCGUGGAAGUUUUUCGGAACCGGCGACUGGUGGAAAGCCAAAAGCGAACGUUGACUGUUACCCACAGCACUCGUCUGUUGAUGCGGAAUUUAAUUCUUUCAUUCGGCUGGACGAUCCAUGCACGUUUCAGCUGAUGGAAAAGUAUUCCUACCUGAACCUGAGUGUGUUCGGUAAAAAUAACGAGGAAAACCGACUGCUUGGCUAUCUCAACAUACCGAUCAACAGUAUUCUGGUGGAGUGCAACGAAUCUCAUCUGGGACACCAUCUGAAAAAGUAUCCCUUGCUGCCACCGGAAGCGAUCGAUGUCUCAAAUCAUGCCCUUUCGAUGCAGUCAGGUUUUGAUCAAAACUAUUGCUACGGAGAUGUGCUGCUCUCGUUCGUGUGGAAUGGUAGUGCGCUUGCCUGUUCUACGGCGACACCGAGCAAAGUAAUCGGUGGGGAAAAUAAAAAGCAACGUCUCAUCACUAUCAGCCGAGGAUCAGCCGACAAGCUGGAUGAUGAUCGAACGGAUGGUUUCCUUGAGGUAAAGUCUCCUACACCUACCAGCACGCAGUUACCGCCUCAAGUACAGCCACAGCAGCAACACGAUUUCAUUCGGACGCACUUUCACCGUACCACGCAGUGCGAUUACUGUGGCAAGAAAAUCUGGCUCAAGGAUGCAGUUCAGUGCCGUGACUGUGCGAUGUGUUGCCACAAAAAGUGCAUCAACAAGUGUCAAAGUUCGACCGUAUGCACAGCCAACGAGAUGGCUGUAGCAGCCACAGUCGAACGGUCACCAUCUUCGUCAACAACGACAACGACAGCAAGCGGAGGACCAGUGGCGGUCACCACGCCAGCUUCACUACAGCCGGAAUUUAAAUUGACCGAACCCGAAUCACCCACGAUAGAGGUGGAAGAUUUCGUCGAUAUAGCCGAAGAGCAGCAGCAGAUCGUGUCGAAAUCGAAACUCGAAACCCAUCGCCAAAGCUUUAGCGAUUUGCUGGUGCAGGGUUUGAAGCGUGUCAAUUCGGCCAACAAUCUUUCGAUACCAACGAUGGGCGGAAUGAACCCGAGCAGCAAAAGUUUGCCACCGACACCGCAGCAUACGCCCCGCAAACAAUCGUUGGCGAACGUGAGUGCGAACCCGUUCCUGUUGGUAACGCAGCGGCUCGAAAGCUUGCCGGAGGACGUAAACGAGCUGAACAUGGAGCAGCUUGUCGAGCUGACGGCGCCUUUGAUCGAGUACGGCCCAUCCGACACGCUGAUGGCGCUGGCCAAGAGCAGCAGCAAAACGAUGUACGGCGACUGUGAGCCGGACGUGCGGACGGAGAAGAUUAACAAACUGCUUUCCAAACUGCACAUAGCACUGGACUACGAAACCAUCAACCAGUCCGUGCUAAACGCGACCAAGGAGAGUAAUAGUAGUAGUGGUAGUAGUGGCGCAGGUGCUAACCCUAACAGUAAAGAAAUCACCGAUGGCAAAGGAAAGUGUGCAGCGCAACAGCAACACGAUAGCACAAGAUCGGCCUUCCUGGCGGGCCAAUCCGAAGAGCGGGUGCAGGCGCUUAGCAUCAUAAUGCUGCAUCUGUGCUCUGGUCUGCAGUACGUCCAGGGUAAUCUCGGUCAAUGAGAAUAGCAUUUGCUUCGGCAGUACUCGCUGGGCUCGUCAAUGCUAGAAUCUACCACCGCUAGUGCUACCAGCAGGCUACCGAUGCACCGCCAACGCACACAGUACGAUACCGGUCCGGAGCAGGAGAUGGACAGGUCCGGUACGGGCAGUAGCACCGUUGGUAGUAACGGUGGUGGUAGAAAGAGUCCCUUCCGCUCGCGUCGCCUUUCCGUCUGCCGCAAGCGGGCGCUCGGUAUUUUCCAACGCUCCGCUAGUGUCAGCGCUUCGUCCAACGCCUCCAGCUAUCCUGCUGAAAGUGCUAACUAAACGUUUUGCUUUUACCUUUUACCGUCAAUACAAAUGCGCCUUCGUGUGGUACAGCUUUUCCAUCACACAUUUUGCCAAAUCACAUCACAUUCAUUCGCUUGCCUGGGAAUUCGAAUUGUACAACAGAUUUAGAUGUAACGUUUACACAGUCCAUGACAACGCUAGCGCUAAGGAGAAGCCAUGGAACGAAUUCUUCUGUCUCGAUGUGUAGAAGUAGAUGCAGUUUUUGAAAGAAUCAUUCUAUUUCCUAUGACCUGCUCUCUAGUGCUUAUCGAAUAUUAUUCCAAUCUUAACGCUUAACACCAACAAAAAUGCGUUUUUUUCUAUCAAAACCAAUACAAACAUCUAUGUGUAUAGGUUAGCAAUUUUUUCUGUUCAUACCGUUUUACAAAUUUUACUAAAAUACUGAUGGAACUACUAGAAAUGUCAAUCCAUUUAAAUGCUACCCUUGUGAGACUGCUAAACGUGUGACAAAAAACCCCCAAAAACUCCCGUUUUAAUCUAGCACUGGCAAACAAACACAAUCCUCCAGCAAAGGAAUUGAUUACUUACUGUUAACAAAUCAUCUCUUUGUCUACAACGUACCCGAACGUAUCUUCCGUAUAUGCGCAAAAUGUAAAAAAAAAACACACACACACACAAUCAACCCCUAAAGGCGAAACCUACCUUACACUGGCGACGUGGGAAGCUGAGUUGCUGCUGAAGCUGAAAACGGUGGUCACCAAAUCGGCCACCCAUCGGAAUCCUUUUUGGAGAAGGAAAUUGAAAUUGAAAUAAGGCUGUUGUUUCCUUUAGCGUCUAAGUUUAGCUUCGUAGAAUAAGACACCGUUUAAGGGCGUAGUUAAGAGCGUUAAGAAAAGGGAAAAUUCACGAAAGAGAGAAAGAGAGAGAGAGAGAGAGAGAGAGAGAGAGAGACGAGUUAGGUAAGAUGAAGGCAAGGAGAAAAUAUUCUUAUUUAAAACGCAUUUCGAUUUUGUAAUUGAACGUUUUUAGGUGAUAUUGAAUUAGCUUUAUGAAACCAACUACCGCGUUUGGUGCUUUCAUUUAAUUUACAUUUUAUUUAUUAAUUGUAAACCUUAUAAAGCUAUUUUGUUACCGUGAUAAAAGAAAAUCUUCUCCCUCGCUCCCAGUUACAAUGAAUUGUGAUGGUUGUGUUGAACUGCUUUUUGAAACGAUUCUUAAGCACAGUAUAGUUAAUCGUGUUUUUGUGCGUGUUGUGUAGCUGUGCUAAAAAGGGUGAAAAAAGAGAAACCAUACAAACAACAUUCUACCCAUUGUUUUGCACUUGAAAUGCCAAACCAGCAACAAAAUUAUACUGUAGUGUGUUGUAUAUUGUCUACUUUACACAUUUGCAAAAGGGGCGCGGCAAGCAAGCUAUAGAAGCUCGCAUAAAAUUAAUACAGAUUAUCAAUAUCAAUACACAAAAACCACACACAGUAAUUGACAAAAGAGAGUCGGAUUCGAUCAGGUCCGGCAGGUUCGCACCAGAGUCAAAAAUCAAAGUAAUUCCACAAGACUAAUCUUAUUGCAAAUAGUAUUCAAGCAUUCUUCUUUCUUCUUGCUGUGUGCUGCUUGUUUAGCGCGGCGCGACCGUACGAUUUGCAGUAACCUUAACUAAACGUACAUAUUCAGUAGCUUCUUUUUACAAAACAAACGAUUAACUUACAAUUGCACCACGAUAUUGAAAGCUCUCGUCUAUUGCGCCUAGUAUUAGCAAAAAACCGUACUGUAAGUGAUAAUGUAGAGAGAAACUAUAUACAUAUAAAGUAAUAAUAGUCCAACCAACCAAUUCCCGUCCGCUUGUGCGUGUUUUGCUCAUGCGGGUUGGUGGAAAUUUUCAUCACAUUUUUAAACAAAACUAUAAGGUAAAAGAAAAAAAACAAACAAACCCCUAGCAAUCGUUCGUGACACAAGGAAAUCAUCAUGGAGAACGGGGUGCGUUAGGUGUGCCCGUUACCAUUAGAGAAAUGUUACGAAUUCUGUUCCAUAAUUAUUCAAUGCUCUUAAUUGUUGACAGUUUGUUUUUACAGUUUUUAAAUAACCCAACACACAGACAACACACCGAAGAGAAUAAUAAUAUAGAGUACACUUUUAGCACUCUACUUACGAUGUAGGAAUAUAACGUACGCGUAAAUUAUGUUCAAUAUACCUAAUUCAUUCAUCCAGUGUGUGACUUUUCGGUGGUGAUAAUUCGGUUUCGGUUCCGUUUUUGUAUGUUUCGGUCGUAUGAAUGUUUUAAGCCAAUAACCGAACAUUCACUGGACAGUAAAAUAGCAAAAAAAAAAGGAAAAAAAUCACAAACACCUUCAUGCGUAUUAGGAAAAUUUGAAAAUAAAACUUAUACAAAGAUAAAA